AUGGCAAGCCCAAGCCCAAGCCCAACCGCAGCUCUCGACCCCGAAAAGAACACACAAGAUACAUUGCAUCUCCCCCUCUGGCGCAAAUGCAUCAUUCUCUUCAUAGUAAGCUGGAUGACCUUCGUCGUCACCUUCUCCAGCACGUCUCUCCUCCCCGCAACCCCCGAAAUCGCGACUGAGUUCAACACAACCCCCGAACUCCUGAAUGUCACCAACGCGGGGGUGUUAUUGGCGAUGGGCUUCUCGUCGCUUAUUUGGGGGCCGGUCACUGCGCUGCUUGGGCGAAGGGUUGCGUAUAAUAUUGCGAUUGGGGCGCUGUGUGGUGUGUUUACGGCUUUUAGGGUGCUGGGUGGGUUGACGGGGACGUCGUUCAUGGUGCAGGGGCAGACUAUCCUGGCGGAUAUUUUUGAGGCGGUUAGGGGGACGGCGGUUGGGUUCUUUAUGGCUGGGACGGUGACGGGCCGGCGAUUGGUAGGACCAUGUAUCGGCGGCUUGGUGGUGACCUUUGCCCACUGGCGGGUCAUCUUCUGGGUGCAGGUUGCCAUGGCCGGGCUGGGCCUCGUGCUUUCGCUACUUUUCGUCCCAGAGGUCGAGAAGAGAGAAGCCGAGGGUGAAGGUGUCCCACGCCCUUCUUCCCUGCGAGAGGUCCUUGCCAUGUUCAACCCCGUCCGUAUCUUCCGGCAGUGGUUGUAUCCCAACGUCUUUCUAUGCGACCUAACGUGUGGUCUCCUCGCCAUCUUCCAGUACGGCCUCCUCACCUCCGCCCGUGAGAUCUUCAACCCCCGCUUCAACCUCACCUCCGCCCUCGUCAGCGGCCUCUUCUACCUCGCCCCCGGCGCGGGAUUCCUCCUGGGGAGUAUCCUCGGCGGGAGACUAUCCGAUCGCACAGUGAAACGAUUGAACAGCGGGCUGGCGACGCUGUGCGUGGUGCUGCCCAUCGCGGUGCUGGUUUAUGGGUGGACGCUUGAGAAGAGGGCGGGGGGUAUGGCUGUGCCUGUCAUUGCGGCGUUCUGGGCGGGAGUGGGUCUGAUGGGCUCGUUUAACGGGUUGAAUACGUAUGCUGCUGAGGCGAUUCCCGAAAGAAGGUCCGAGGUUAUCAGCGGGAAGUAUAUCGUACAGUACUUAUGUUCGGCCGGGAGCAGUGCGGCCGUUGUUCCCCUGGUCAAGGUGAUUGGGGUGGGCUGGACGUUUACAAUCUGCGUGGUCUUGUCGCUGCUCGGUGGAGGAUUUGUGUUCUGUAUCACGCGCUGGGGGAAAGCUAUGCAGCUGUGGGCUGAGGAGAAGUUUCAUUUAGACGGGAAGACUGGGCUAUAG